ACUUGAAGCUCCAAUAUGAAGGUUCUUAUCGCGCUCGCUCUGAUCGGCCUGGUCGCUGGUGCAGUCAUAGACGCUCCCGCCAGCUCCAGCGUGGAGAUUGACUACCACAACAAGAUCGGCAUCCCGCUAGCGGCGCGCAGAAAGGCGGCCGAGGAAGCUUUACGCUUCAAUGGCGUCAGGAUCACGGGUGGAAGGACUGGCGCUCUCGGCAACUACCCUUACAUGGCCGGAGUGAUCAUCGCCCUGACGAACGGACGCACCUCCAAUACCUCCAUCUGCGGCUCCUCCCUGCUGACCAACACCCGCGCCCUCACCGCCGCCCACUGCUGGGCCACGUUCUUCACCCAGGCACGCUUCUUCACAGUCGUCUUGGGCUCGGCCACACUAUUUUCCGGCGGUACUAGGGUGGUCACCGCUGACGUCGAACUCCACUCCGGCUACAGUAAAUUUACGCUCGCCAACGAUAUCGCUAUCAUGAGACUUCCGUGGGUCACCUACAGCAACAACAUUCGUCCUAUUGCUAUUGCGACCGGUAAAGAGGAUUUCGUUGGUACCUGGGCCCGGGUUUCCGGCUGGGGUGUGACUACCGAUGCGUUCUUGUCGCACGUGCUUGCACCGGUUAUUAGCAACGAAGAGUGCGCGGACACGUACACUACGCAUAUCGUCCGGGAUACGACUAUCUGUGUGGCUACGACUGGUGGCCGGGCGCCGUGCAUCGGCGACGCAGGCGGCCCGCUGGCCACGGCGGACAACAGCCUGCUGAUCGGCGUGAUGUCCUUCGUCCACGACCGCGGCUGCAACGCUGGCCCCGCCGGCUUCGGCCGCGUCUCUGCCUACGCUGCCUGGAUCCAGGCCCGCCUCUAAAUUUUAACCCCGUCCUUAAAUAAAUAAGUAUAAAUGGAUUAUUCGGGACUAAUUUACGGAACUAUUGUAACUUGUUUGUAAUAAAAAUAUUAAAUCAUUA